GUCAUAGAGAUGGAGUGCGGAAGGAAGGGCUGCGUGGUUGCACGCUGGGCUGACAGGCGAGGACGGCGUGGUCCGGGAGGCUCUCCAGGCAGGAAUGAGCAGCUGCAGCAGAAAGGCCCCCUGGAUGCCCUCUCCUCCGUGUGGGGAAGGGUCAAGAACCGCCAUGCAUCCACUUCAGGGCGGGGCGUCCUUUGAAGAGGUGGCUGUGUAUUUCACCCAGGGGGAGUGGACCGUGCUGAGCGCAGGCCAGAAAGCUCUGUACAAGGACGUCAUGCUGGAGAAUUUUGGGCAUGUGGCCUCUCUGGGACUUCAGAUUGCCAAACCUGACCUCAUAUCCUGGCUGGAAGAGGACAAGGAGCUAUUUCUCCUGAUGGAUGAAGAAGAGGAAGGAUUGGCAGCAGGUGGGCUGUGGGAGUCAGCAAAAGAAACCUCUGAAUGUCCAGUCAUGGUGAAAGAAGAGAUAUAUUCCGAUAUGAAAGAGGAAGAUGAAUGUUGUGACGCUCUGAGGAAGGAGGAGGGAAAACACACAUCUAAUGGGAAAAAUAAUACUAGUGCUUUUCAGUGGGGUGACUUUCUACUACAGAAAAUGAACCAAAGAGAAUAUAGAAAUGAGCCCACUGCAAACAGAAAAAAUACUCCUAAAAAACCAGAUAUUAAUAUUCACUGGAGCACCUGUAACAGAAAGAAAAAACAUAAAUGCCAGGAACGCAGAGAAACGGUCUGUCUAAGUGGAAGCCUGAGAUCCCAUGAAAUGAUUCACCAAAGCGAGAAAGAGUACAAUUGUCUAGAGUGUGAGAAAAGUGUCAAUCAGAUUGGAAAACUUACUUCCCAUCACAGAAUUCUCACAGAUGAGAAACCAUAUAAAUGCCAGGAGUGUGGGAAAAGUUUCAGUGAAAAUGGAAAACUUACAUUCCAUCACAGAAUUCACAGAAGGAAGAAACUAUAUAAAUGCCUGGAGUGUGGAAAGAUCUUUAAUGAGUAUGAAAGUCUUACUACUCAUAAUGGAAUUCACACAGGGGAGAAACCAUAUAAAUGCUUAGACUGUGGGAAAAGCUUCAGUCAGAGUGGACAUCUUACUUCCCAUCAAAGAAUACACAGAGGAGAGAAACCAUUUAAAUGUUUGGAAUGUGGAAAAAGUUUCAAUCAGAGUGGAAACCUUACUUCCCAUUACAGAAUUCACUCAGGGGAAAAGCCAUAUAAAUGCCUGGUGUGUGGGAAAAGCUUCAGUCGGAGUGGAAAUCUUAAUGCCCAUCAAAGAAUCCACAGAGGAGAGAAACCAUACAAAUGCCUGGAGUGUGGGGAAAGGUUCAGUAGGAAUGGAAACCUUACUGCCCAUCAAAUAAUUCACAGAGGGGAGAAGCCAUACAAAUGCCUGGAAUGUGGGGAAAGGUUCAGUAGGAAGGGGAGCCUCAUUUCCCAUCGUAGAAUUCACACAGGGGAGAAACCAUAUAAAUGCCUGGACUGUGGGAAAAGCUUUAGUCAUAGUAGGAGCUUGUCUUCCCAUCGUAGAAUUCACACAGGAGUGAAACCAUAUAAAUGCCUGGAAUGUGGGAAAAGCUUCAGUCAUAGCUACAGCUUGUAUUCCCAUCGAAGAAUUCACACAGGAGAGAAACCGUAUAAAUGUCUGGAGUGUGGGAAAAGCUUCAGUCGCAGUGGACACCUUACUGUUCAUCAAAGAAUUCACAGUGGGGAGAAACCAUACAAAUGUCUGGAGUGUGGGGAAAGCUUCAGUAGGAAUGAAAGCCUCACUUCCCAUCGUAGAAUUCACACAAGGGAGAAACCAUAUAAAUGGCUGGAAUGUGGGAAAAGCUUCAGUCACAGUUACAACUUGUCUUCCCAUCAAAGAAUUCACACAGGAGAAAAACCGCAUAAAUGCCUGGAGUGUGGGAAAACCUUCAGUCGCAGUGGAAAUCUUAUUGUUCAUCAAAGAAUUCACAGUGGGGAGAAACCAUACAAAUGCCUGGAGUGUGGGAAAAGCUUCAGUAGGAAUGGAAGCCUCACUUCCCAUUGUAGAAUUCACACAGGGGAGAAACCAUAUAAAUGCCUAAACUGUGGGAAAAGCUUCAGUCGCAGGGGACACCUUACUGUUCAUCAAAGAAUUCACACAGGAGAGAAACCCUAUAAAUGCAUAGAAUGUGGGAAAAGCUUUGGUCGCAGUGGACACCUUACUGUCCAUCAAAGAAUUCACACUGGAGAGAAACCCCAUAAAUGCCUAGAGUGAGGGAAAAGCUUUAGUCACGGGAAAAGCUUGUCUU